UAACAGCUUAUUGAUUCGGAAUUCACAAUAAUAACAAGAUUUCAAAUAAAAAUAGAAGUGUCUGGAAAUGCCUUUCAAAUAUAAAGUAAAACCUUCAAAAUAUGAAGCGAACGAUCCCGAAAUUAAAGAAGAAAUGCGGAAAUUUGUUCAACGAUUUGAGGAACAAUUUAAAAAAAAACUUCAACAUCCGAUAGUGAAUGCGGAUUUAACUCAUGUCGUUCCCCGUCGUUUGUACGACCAGACGUCGAAGAUUGUUCGGUUGCCACCGUACGACGAUCGAGAGUUCGAAGACAUCAUCAAAAGUCGCCUGAAGGAAGCUUUCCGCUCGUACAGCAUCGAUGCCAAAGAUUCUAAAAGCCAUCACCCGGAAACGGAGGAAGAUGGCGAGGACGAGGAUCGUUUGUCUAAAUUUGAGCUCAAAAUUGAACCCAAAACGAAACCUCGUGAGCUGAAGUUGAAGGAAUCCAAUUGGAUGGAAAAUUUUCUGAAGAAAACCCGAAAGGAACGCAUCAAAUGGCAAACCAAACUGUACAGAUCGGAUAAAAAGCUACUGGAAAAACCAUUGUUCGAUCAAGUGGAAGAAUUGAUUGAUCUCGGUGCUCAGGACUUUGCCGAAUGGUUGAGUAAACUUGGUGCGGAAAAGUCAAACAUCACCAAGGACAUCAUCAAGCAGCUGUUCUCGAUUGGCGUCGAAGGGGACUCAGCAAAAGCUCUGUGCGUCGAGCCGAAGGAAAUCCGUGCCAUCCCGGAUGAAGUGGCAGCAGACUGGAAUCUGCAUUAUAUGGCACUGCAGCGCAGAAUCGCCCAGGUCAUGAAAAGCGACCGCCGAGCGGCGAAAGUUCGCGAGCGUCACGUGGCUUUCGGUCGCACCUUGCCAAUGCACAUGCGUCGUUUCAAUCGCUUCGAUGACAUCGACGAAAUUGUACCGAACUUUCCGGAGGAAAUGAAAACGUUCGAGAAGGUAUUCAAGGGAAUCUGCCAUCUCCGCUCGGUGAAGAUUUUGGUCGAACACCUGAAGGAACACCCGGAGAUGCACCGUCCAAAGUAUCUGGUAGACCAAGGCAUGUUCAAGGAGAAGACCACCAUAGCCAGUGAUCACGUUCCGCUGUACAAGUUGUACUUUAAGUGAUGAAUCGGCAUUCGAAGUCAUUUGACCAGUGACCGGGGAGUGCGUUUUCGUUGAUAGUAUGUUUAGGAACAUUUUCGCUGAAUUAAUCUAAUAAAUACACAAGUCGGACAGCCUA